UCUGUGAUGAUUCGUGGGAGGGGAGUAGACAGCGGGGAAAGCCAGUCGCUUCUCGAAAGGCAUUCCGGAGAUAGCCGAGAGUUUCCGUUCACAUCCGAAGCAGCCACCGGAAGUUGCCGAACUCCCAGAGAAGGCGCUGUUGCGGCCUACUGCGUGAGGAGGACCUGGGCUGGAAAGCGCCACCACCGUGCGACCGUAGCUAGGCCGGAUCGAGGGACGUCCUCCUCCUCCUUAGCCAUGUCGGACUUCGACGAGUUUGAGCGGCAGCUAAAUGAAAACAAACAGGAACGGGAUAAAGAGAAUCGUCAUCGUAAACGCAGCCACAGUCGUUCACGAAGUCGUGACAGGAAACGUCGCAGUCGUAGCCGUGACAGGCGCAACAGGGAUCAGCGCAGUGUUUCACGAGAUCGCAGGAGACGCAGGUACAGAUCCCCAACAAGAUAUUUUUAUACUGAGUAGAGAAUCUUAGGCAAAACCUCAGACACAUAGAAUCUUUUGCCAUUUAGAAUUAUGCAGAAUAGUGAUUUAUCUGAAAACUAAAUUUCCUGGGGAAAACUACUCAAACAAUAAAAUUAAAAGUGAGAAAAAGGAUUCAGAAGAAAAGAUAAUAAUUAUAAAAAGAAAAAAAAGUUAAGAGAAUGGGAUAAAAGGAGAAAAUUAAUAAGAAGUGGAAUUUUUGGGAGACCAAGAGCAAAUGGUUAAAGAGGAGAAAGGGAAAUAAGGUACAUAUUAGUAGAUUAAAGGGAAUUGUAUUAAUAUUAUUAAUGGUGGAUAGUUAAUUAAGAUGUAAGAGAAUUAUAACAACAUUAUUAAUGGUGGAUAAUUAAUUAAGUUUUUUAUGUUAAAAUUGAAUUUGAUGUAUGUUGCUUACAGCAAAACAGACCAACAGAUGAAAUGUGAAAUGGCAAUUUGGUUUAACUUUAAGACAAUUUUAAUUAAGAGAUGAAGAUGAAAUGUUAAAGAGUGGAAUGAAGAAUUUGAAAAACAUAUUUAGCGAUGGAGUUGAUGUUAUUGUAAGAGAUUAGAAAUUAAGGGAGAUUAGAGAUAUUUAUGUAUUAAGAAAAGUUUAAGAUAAAAAUAUGGAAAGAGAAUAAUUGGCUAAAAUUGGAAAGAAUGAUGCAAAAUGGAUUGUGUAUAUGAGAUGAUGAACAAGAAAAGAUUUAGACAACACUUUGUUAAUAAAUACGUUAAAAACUUUGCAAUAAAAUUUUUUUAAAAAAAUCUUGAACCUGAUGAGAUUUGAUCUGCCAAAUUGCAAGCAGCCAACAGGCAGCAAAAUUAGCCUGCAGUACUGCAUUCUAACCACUGUACCACUGUGGUUUGAUUAUUAAUAACAUACUUUUCCUUACUGAUUAAUGUCUUUAGUGAUGAAUACACAUGACCUAGGUAUUUGUGCUUGGGCACUUUUUAAACCCAGUUAGAAAUACAAUAUGCCACAAUAAUAAAUGAAUAAAGUUCUUUCUGGAAUUUUUUUUUCUUAGCAAUAGU